GGCUCAUCUCUUUUCCUUAUCUUGACUUUCUCCCUAACCAGCAAUUGCGAAGAGAGAGAAAGAGAAAAGAAGAUUCAGCCAUGGCAGCCAUAGCAGGGGUUGGAAUUACUUGCCCAUCUAAGCUCUACUCUCCUAAACCUUCUUCCAAAUCUCACAAAAACCUUCCUCGCUCCCAUUCCCCUUUUGUUGUUAAAAUGGCUGUUUCUUUUGAUGAGAAUAAAACUUACACCCUUCAAAAAUCUGAAGAAGCUUUCACUAAAGCAAAGGAGUUGAUGCCUGGAGGUGUAAACUCUCCUGUCCGUGCCUUCAAAUCAGUUGGCGGACAGCCUAUCGUGAUAGACUCUGUCAAGGGUUCUCAUAUGUGGGAUAUAGAUGGAAAUGAGUAUAUUGAUUAUGUUGGCUCAUGGGGACCCGCUAUUAUUGGUCAUGCUGACGACGAGGUACUUGCAGCAUUGGCCGAAACAAUGAAGAAAGGGACAAGUUUUGGUGCUCCUUGUCUUCUUGAAAACACUCUUGCUGAGAUGGUUAUAUCAGCUGUCCCUAGCAUUGAAAUGGUUCGAUUUGUAAACUCUGGCACCGAAGCAUGUAUGGGAGUCCUCCGUCUUGCCCGUGCAUUCACUGGCAAGCAGAAGAUUAUCAAGUUCGAGGGCUGCUACCAUGGCCAUGCUGAUCCGUUUCUCGUGAAGGCGGGAAGCGGGGUUGCGACUCUAGGGCUUCCAGACUCCCCGGGUGUUCCAAAGUCUGCCACCUCCGACACCCUAACUUCUCCAUACAAUGACUUGGAAACUAUAAAAGGUCUUUUUGAGGCCAACAAAGGGGAAAUUGCUGCUGUUAUUCUUGAACCAGUUGUUGGAAACUCUGGCUUCAUUCCUCCGAAUCCCGGCUUCCUUGAAUUCCUUCGUGAAAUCACAAAAGAAAACGACACGCUCUUGAUCUUUGAUGAAGUAAUGACCGGAUUCCGUUUAGCUUAUGGUGGUGCACAAGAGUAUUUCAAGAUUACUCCGGAUCUUACAACGCUAGGGAAAGUCAUCGGUGGAGGCCUUCCCGUCGGUGCUUAUGGAGGGAGAAGGGAUAUCAUGGAAAUGGUUGCACCCGCAGGACCUAUGUAUCAGGCGGGUACGCUGAGUGGAAACCCAUUGGCAAUGACUGCUGGGAUACAUACUCUAAAACGGUUGAUGCAGCCAGGAAGUUACGAAUACUUGGACAAGAUUACAAGCGAACUUACUCAAGGUAUAAUUGCUGCCGGAAAGAAGACUGGGCAUGCAAUCUGUGGUGGCUAUAUCAGUGGAAUGUUCGGUUUUUUCUUCACGGAUGGGCCUGUGCACAACUUUGGGGAUGCAAAAAAGAGCGACACGGCUAAGUUUGGCCGCUUCUAUAGGGGAAUGUUAGAGGAAGGUGUAUACUUAGCUCCUUCACAGUUUGAAGCUGGAUUUACUGGUUUAGCACAUACUACCGAAGACAUUCAACGAACAAUAGCGGCAGCUGAGAAGGUUUUGCGGGAGAUAUAGGAUGGACAAUCAUCAGCUAGAUAGUAGUAAUGCAUCUGGGCAAUAUGUCAGAACAAAGGAGAUGAGAUGAAAGCGAUCUACUUGCUAGUCAUGGACUCAUGGUAUUGCCCUUCUUAGUUCUUAAUUGAGUAACAACUACCUCUUAAUGAGGUUAAUAAGUUCCUCAUCUUUUUGAGAAUCUUUCAUCCCAAUUUUUUUUAAGGUAGUCUAGAGAUCCUCUACGUGCAAAGAGGAAGAGGAGGUUAUUCGUUUUGUAGGCAAUGAGAAUCGAAUUUCUGUCACAAUGGUGAAAGGAAAAGACAUUGAACACUAGGCUAACCCAAGAUUCUCAUCUAAUGGAUAACAUCUUUAAAUUGGAAUGACAGGGUGCGCAAACAAAAAGAAAUGAAAAAAAAUGAGAUCUUUCUUCUUUAAAAAUCAUAGGAGUAUAAAUUUUUUUAGGCUUUUGGAUAUAAUUCAUACCUUUUUGCAACUACUCUUGUGAGACAACUUCAUUAUUUGUAUUAAUUAGUUUAUUUAGUUAAUGUAUGGUGUGUAUUUCAACAUAAAAC